AUGAACGUCAGUAGCGAAAUCUCCCAAAUAGCCAAACCAGAGUUCCUCGCCUCGACGCCCAAAAGAAAAUCUCUUCGAGAGCAGUAUCAGAGCUUCUGCACGAGCAACGAGUCACGUGGCUACGGAACGAUGAAGAGCUCCCAUUUCCCGACUUCGAAGAAGACUUUGAAACCGGUUCCCAGUGGAGUCAUUUCGCCUGUUUACGCCGAUCGAAGCGGGCAUUUUUCGUCUUUGGAUCUGUCUUCGUCGCCGGAAGCGAAGAUUCCCGCGCCGCCCUGCUCGAUUCAAGAUUCAGAAACGGAGAGCGAGUCCGACAUCUUCUGGCCCAACGAGUUCGACCAAGACCUGGACCAGACGCCGACGAACGUUCCUCCUUUCCGUUUGACGCAUCACUUGGCCUCGAUCGACCUCUCCGUCGACCUGGAUCAGCCGCUCCAGUGCCCCAUUUGCCCGAGCACCUUCGCCACCGACCAAGCCUACUCGCGACAUCAAGAAGAACACCUCAAGUCCCUGGGAACGCCUCUCCGAACCUCCGUGAGCUGCAGACACUGCCAAAAGAAGUUCAAAUCGAAGCUGAAGUUGAAACGGCACCACGAUAAACAUCACCCAGCCGAGAUGAAAGUGCUGAUGGUACUCUGA